UGCAAAUGUUAUCGUAUCCCGUAAACUUUGAAAUAUACUACAUUUACUUAUUUGUUUUUUUCUUUCCUUGGUGCUGAGAAUCUAAGCAGCGGCUUAUAUGCCUGCAUUAAUUAUUCAUUUUUCAAUGCAAAAAUAAUAACAAUUAUGAUAAUCUAUGUAACAUGCAAAACCACUGUCUUCAUAUGGUGAAUAAGUUAACAUUGUUUAAUAUGAGGCGGUGGUGAGCUGUUGAAAUGAAGUUCACUAAUGCAUCCUUAAAAUUUUUUUUACUACGUUUUGUUAACAAUACGAUAGCACCAUUCUUUUCUAGCGAAACGUAUUGAUUAUAAAAUACUGUAAUAUGAACGAGAAAAUAAUAGUCUCAAUUUGCUUUGUCUUUUCUACCUUUUAAUCAGCAAAGAAAAAAAAAAAGGAAAAAAACUAUAGAAUCGUUAUCGAAUAUUACAAUUGUUCCAGGUUUUUUUUUGUAUAUGUUAAAAAGAAAAUUGAAAUGCUACCUCAAUCCUCGGAUACAUUAAGAAGGAAAAACAAAACAAUAUAUAUAAAUCCAAAUUUUCAAAAAAAUCUGCCAGUAAUGACUCAUAUAAAUCCUUUAUUUUUGGAACGUCAUCAACAAAUAUUAAGUAAAACGCCUAAUAUUCAUAUGAAUCCUGCUUUUUUGGAGCAACGUUUACAUGAGCAGCAACUACCCACCUGCCAAAUCAACCCAUCACAAAGUAAUUCUGUUUCUAAAUCGCCAGCCUCUGCAAAUACCAGUAAUAACUCUGCUCCAAUUACGCAUCGGAAAAUCAUCUGCAAAUCAAGAACACGUCUCAUAAGGGAACCGUUGCAUAAAAAAUCGGAUAAAAUGAAUUCGCAGCUACCGUUAAUCCGUUUAGGCAAGUGUAAACUGGUACGUAGGAAAGUUGGCAAUGAAGUCGCUAAACCAGCGUUUACCGUCAGCAAAUACAAAUUAGACAAACGAAAUGUGGCGAAUUCUAUUGACUCUGGCGCCUCGGGUGCAAAUCCCUGUUUUCCAGCUAAGAGUAAAAAACCGUUUGUUGGGCCGUAUGCCCUUCAACGCAGUGGAUCACUCCAUAAAAAAGUCAAUUAUAAGCAAAACAUCUUUAAAAAUGUGCCCAAAAGUAAUGUUAAUAAAAAGAUUGAGCUGCUAAAUAUCAAUGGAUUGCUGUACAAGUCCACAAGGAACACAUUACAAUUAAAGGAAUCGAAAGUCUUCUGCAAGCCGACAAGUACGCUUAAGCCAAGCCUGAAGACACCGUUAAGUAUAUAUGUUAGAGGGACUAAAUAUUUGAUGGAUACGCAAAAAUUCAAGCUUACACGUGUGGUGGGGACAAACGUAUCCACUUCUGAUGAAAAUGAAAAGCUUAAGUCAGCGAUAUGUCGACGCAUUGAUAUCGGUGGUAUUACGUAUACCUCGACGUCUAAAAACGUCUUUACUCGUACCACUUAUCAUUUGAAUCGAGCUUAUAUUAAUAAUGCGAAACAAAGGAGUUUGCAAUUGCUGACAAAACAUUUGACCAAAUCCAAUGUACCUUGUCCUAUCUAUCAGCGAAUAGGCAAAUGUGUAGCCUUUGAAAGGGGCAAAUGUUUUAAGGUGCACAAUAAGCUACAAGUGAACGUUUGCAACAGAUUCUUGCGGGGCGAGUGCUUAAACGCCAAAUGCCUUUUAUCACAUAACGUUUGCCUUUCCAAAAUGCCUGUUUGUAAAUUUUUCCUGCUGGGCGUUUGUGUACGAAACGAUUGCCCUUAUUUGCAUAAGAAACUAAGCGACAACGCCGAAAUUUGUUUUGACUUCUUAAGAGGAUUUUGCCAAUUAGCCGAGAAGUGUAAUAAGCGUCACGAGUUUGUUUGUCCAGAAUUUGAACGUACCGGAAAAUGUAGUAAUAGCAGUAAUUGCCUUUAUUGCAAAACUAAAAAGAAAAGAAUAGAAAAUGAAAUCGGCUACAGGAAGAUUGUAAAAAUACCCGCUUCGUCCGUUGAAAUUUCAAGAAAUGACGAUUGCGCGAGCAUCGCGGAAGCAAUAGAAAAUAUUCGUUACUUCAAUGAGAGAUCGGAAAAUGCUAAAGAGAUAGUUAAAGAUGAACGGAAAGAUGGUUGUGACUGUGAUAAAGAACGUCAAAUACAUAUUGGUGAGAAUGGCAAAAUAAUAAGACCUAAAUUGGGUUCACUACCCUCGUAUAUACCGCUCUCCUGAGAGAAGGUAAUAUGUACAUACUUUAUAAUAAACGAAUACGUUCCGACAACAGGUAUGUGUUCUUUCCUUUGCUUAAUGACAAAUUAUUUCUGAAUUUCUGUCUGAUUUAAUAAAAAAAAUUUAUGAAAUUUGUCUCUCAAUUUUUUUUUUUUCAAGUCAGGCGAUUAAGAUUUUUUUUUAUUUAAUUUUUUUUUACUACUAAUAUAUAAUAGAGCCUACAGGCAAUGAAAAAAAGGCGAAAAAUAAAAAAUAAAUUAAAUAUAAUUAAUUAAUAAACGUGCAUAAUAACAAUAAAAAAAAAAUUUCUUAGCUGUUUUAUUUUAUGUUUACGUACGUAGCACAAGAUGAUGUCUAAAAAUUGAAAUUUUUCUUCUUUCCAAAAAAUACAUAAAGACAUAAGUACAUACAAAAUGAAUUAAUAAGAAAGUUAAACUGGUCGGUGAAUCGAUGAUUAACGCCCCUUCAAGCAACGUCCUUACUUUUUCCUCGUUUUUUCUUUAAGCGUUUGACCCGUAGACCAAAACUGAUUUGUAUAAAUAUUUAUUUCAAUUUUAAGUCAAUAUUUUUAAAUUCAACUUAAACAAUGGAAUCUGGAAUAUAUGCAAGAAUAAUGUCAAUAAUAAAGGUAGAGAGACGAACACAUAAACGAAUACAAUUUUAAGCUAAUCUGAUGCGGAUCUAAAUGGAAUAAUAAAUUUCGCAUGCUGAGUAGCUUUCGGAUAUGGCUAUGAAAAAAUUAAAAUUUUUCCCAAUUAAAAAUUCCUCAGUAAAAAAUUUCUUUUAUAGGGUAAUUGGGUCUACUAGCAGUCUCUCUACUAAUUGCCUACCUAGAUAAACUUACAUUUACGAACCUUCCCAAAAUAAAAAAAUAGUAGCAGUGAAAAUGUAUUUUUCAAAUGAGAUAAAUUAAGUGCAAUUGAGAGGCAGACGUUCUAUUACCGCUCCGAGUUUCAACAGUCUGUUUUACGUAGAUUAUCGUAACCUAAUUGCUUCACAUAUAAAGUAUGCAAUUAAAUACUAUUAUAUGGUUUUGAUUUCCAUGCGUUGCCGCUGCUACAUGCGGGUGAAAUUGUAUACAUAUAUCUAUUUUAUUAUAACAUAUUACCAUUAAUACAAUAAUAAUCGUCUUUGAAUAACAAAAAAGCAAUAAAAAGUGGUGUGUGGUUUACAUUUUGUGUCGGGCGGGGGGAGGGGAGGGUUAGGUGCAUUUUAAAUUUUUUUCUCAUACAUUUUCUAUAGUUUCAUGAUGAUUUUAUUGAAUAAGUCGUUAUGUGAUUUAUUAGGUAACAUGUAGGAAGAUUUUACAUAUAUUUGUUUAAAUAUGUAUAUAUGUAUGUGAGUUAUAGGUGGUCUAAUGUUGCAUUUCGUUUAUGUAUAUUAGAGAUGAUUUUAUGCCUUUAUAAAUAUGCCUAUAAAUGAUAUGAUAUUUUUGUUGUUGUUUUUUUUUAUAUCAGAAACUGAUUUGUUUGUUUUUCGCGUAUAAAACAGACUUAAUGAACAGUGGUCAAGGGAAUGCUUCAAGUCACGUUCAUUUGUUGAUGUUAAUUCUUUUCUUAUUUCUAUCAUAAUAUUCGAUGUGUAUAAUUUUGCUUAAAAUUAGCAACAAAAAAUUAAAUUAUUUAUAGUACAUAAAGAGAUCCGUAAUAGUAGUAAAGUAGAAAAAAAAAAAGAAAAAAAAAUGGAACAAUA